AUGAAUUAGAAUACUGUCGACCUUAUCGAUAGGAAAUACUAAUGUAUUAAUAUUGACUAAAGAGUAUCACUCCUAGUUGAUAUUUUAGUGGAAGGACUAUCGAUUAAAGAGGCUGCGAAGAAGAAUAAUAUUAAAUUCUCUACGGCAAAAGUAAUUCUGAAGCUAUUUAAACAAGAGGGACGUAUUGGAAAACUAAAAGAAAUUUAAUUAACUCAAGGCGAGAUUUGUUAAUAAAGAAAGCUUAAAAGCUUACUGUUAGAUGAUAAUGUACAGUUGUGCCAGAACCUCUUGAAAUAAAUAGAAGAUUGUAAGACUAGAAACAAUUAGUUGCAGUAGACGCUGACAAUUUAUAAAUAAAUUAAUAAUUAAUUUAAAUAAGAAUGA